GACCGUUUCUCCUCCUCCCAAAUUGCUUACUCGGCCCACACGUGCCCGAUGGGAACCCCGGACUCAAGGAAAUCUCCCCACAUCGCCUACCGUCCCCGCCUUGGUUCGGCAGGGUCGGUUGCUCAACACAGUGAACUACCUACCUUACAUGGUAGGUACCCUACCUUGCUGACCCCGCAUGCAAGGAAGGGCGAGGCGGCGACCAAGAACGUGGCAUUGUGCAGCGCGGAUCCGGGGUAGAGCCAGGCACAUAGCCAAGGCACCUAAGGUCCCUUACCUCAUACCUGAAUUAUAAUAAAUAGUCAAGGUGCUUGUCUGGAUGCAAUAUCCAACGGCACGGCACAGCAGUUGGGCACUUUCUGCAUCUGGCACAGCACUGGUCUUGAGUCUCGACACGAGGAACAUUCUGAAAGACAUCCUGAACGCCUCGCUCGCAAUGGCUGGCUCCAAUCUACGCCAGUGGCUUGCUGCCGCCAUGGUGGCGCACGCCACCGCCGCAGCCGUGACGUAUCCGGUGCCUGCUGCGGUGCCGACCAAUGCCGCUAAGCUCGACUCAAUGCCUGUCGGGCUCUCCUUUGAGUUCUUCAUGUGGCCGUCAUACAUGAAAAACAUCACGCCUCCGCUCCUCUGCAUGGAGCACUUCAAGGACUUGUACGGCAGAACGAUGCCCGUCCGUAUCGGCGGCACCACCCAGGAUCGGGCCACAUAUGACCCCAACCUGGAGGCGUACGUGUCCUACCACGUCGACGAUCUGCUGGAAGCCCCCAUGACGCUCACCUACGGGCCGAAGUUCUUUGACCUGAUCCCUGCCCUCGGUACUCAAACCAUGCUUGGUUUCAACCGUGGCGACAACAACAGAAGCAACACCUUCGCGGCCAUUAUGGAGGCAAAGAAGAGGGCUCUGAAGUACCUCUGGGCCAUCGAGAUUGGAAACGAGCCGGACCUCUACUAUCUUUUCUGGAACAAGCCGGUUGCCGUCGCGCCAUGGAACGAAACGCAGGAGGGUUAUGACGCGGCAAACUGGAUCCAGCAGUUCAUCGACACAUGGAAGACGCCGCUGCCCAUGAUCUCAGCCGGCGCAUAUGGAAUCCCUUAUCCGUAUCAGCCCGACUGGCCAAACACCGAGUUCCUCAUCAACGAUGUUUUCAACGCGACCGUCAAGGGCGCCGUGUCGCGCUACUGCACCCACCUAUACGCCCUCGCGGAUGGAUCGUCUCUCGCAGCCGACAUGUCACACAUGCAGACCGCCGCGGACGUCUCCCUCCUCGUCCCAAAGGUGGCCGCAGCCAAGUCCGUUAAUCGUCCUUACAUUCUUGGUGAGACGGGCUUUCACGGACAGGACAUCGCCGCGGACGCGACCUUCGGGGGCGCGCUCCAGAUUUUGGACAAGACCCUCCGCGCCACGUCCGUCGGCAUCGAGCGACUCUUCUACCACCAGGGAACGAUCAACCAAGCCUACUUCAACUGGUGGUCGGAUAACCAGGUUAACGCCCCCUUCUACGGCGGUUACAUGGCCACCCUCGCCCUUGCUGGGGGCGACCGAAUCAUCGCGAGCGACGCUGGUAACGACUCAUUUGCCCAAUACGUCAUCUACAAGAAGAACAAGCCCUGCAAGGUGGUUUUGAUCAAUACCGAGUAUUACUCUGGCAACGGCACACGCACAACGACGUCCUUCACCCUGUCGGGUCUGUCCUCCUCUCAAAAUCUCACCGCUCUGCGGAUGACUGCGGCGUCGAGCGUGGUGACGACGAGCCGGGAUGCCACCGACACAUCGUCCGGGCCUACGAUCGGAGGCCAGACCUUCUCCCAUCAGACCUGCGCGAAGGAGGGUCGUCCUCGGUAUGAAACCGCAAGUGUCAAGAAAGGCCAGGCGACCUUUACCCUUGCCGCAUCCGAGGCUCUGCUGGUGUAUCUUUGAGCGCUCCCACAAAGGUUUACAGGCGAGGGGUCCGCGGCUGGAACUGAAUACCUUAAUCAGCGCACGCUCACUUAGAGCGCUUGACCGAUAGUUAGCAAUACCUAGAUCCAUGUAUUCCAAGACAUCAUGAUUAG